UGCAAAUGUCUGCAAUAUCUUUGUUUCUUCUCUGCUAGAUCCGGAUGUUUAUUGGACCUGGGUUUUUUCUCUUUUUCUUUAUUUUUUAAAUAAAUUUACUUCAUUUAUACAUAUACAUAUACAUACACAUAUACAUACAAUGCAUAUAUGCUUCUCUCUCUAUAGACUAUAGUUACAGUUCUUAAAUAAUUGGGGAAAAUGGAAUUGAUUACCAGUUAAUAGCUGGCAGUCAGGAUCUUAUACUUCUUGUUCUUGUUCUUGUUAUUUCACCUAGGACGAUUGUCGGCUCCCUAUUUAUAAUCAGAUCCGAUUUCUUGAUUCACAGUUGAAUUCUUAUCAUAGAUUGAGCAUUCAAAAACCCUAAUUCUCAAUCUCUGCUGUCUCAAACGUGCAUUUUGAGGGUUAAUUUGAUUUUUGAGUGAUGAUUCAAAAUUGAGAUUUGGGAACUGUUCUGAUUUGGAUUUGGAAACGAAGGUUUGUGGGUUCUGUAAAGAUGGGAUCAAGGGUAGAGAGGCAUCAACAUCAUGAUCUUGUACCAUUAGCUGCGUUGAUCAGUAGAGAGAUGAGAAGUGAGAAGAUGGAGAAACCAACUAUUCGAUACGGGCAUGCAGCUCAAUCGAGGAAAGGCGAAGAUUAUUUCAUGAUGAAAACAAAUUGCCAGAGUGUUUCUGGUCAUCAAUCUUCGAGUUUUUCGGUUUUUGCGAUUUUCGAUGGUCACAAUGGGAAUGCUGCAGCGGUGUAUUCGAGGGAUCAUCUGCUAAACCAUGUUUUGAGUGCAAUUCCUCGUGGUCUUGGACGGGACGAGUGGCUUCAGGUAUUACCUCGGGCAUUGGUUGCAGGUUUCGUCAAGACUGAUAAGGAGUUCCAGAGCAAAGGUCAAACUUCGGGAACAACGGCUACCUUUGUAAUUGUUGAUAGAUGGACAGUGACAGUUGCUUCGGUUGGAGAUUCACGUUGCAUUCUGGAUACACAAGGUGGUGCUGUGUCUGUUUUGACCGUUGAUCAUAGACUUGAAGAGAACCAAGAGGAAAGGGAGCGCGUAACGGCUAGUGGAGGGGAAGUAGGGCGGUUAAGUAUUUUUGGCGGUGCUGAGAUUGGUCCCCUUCGUUGUUGGCCAGGAGGGUUAUGUCUUUCUAGAUCAAUUGGGGACAUGGAUGUUGGAGAAUUUAUAGUUCCGAUACCAUAUGUAAAGCAAGUGAAGUUAUCAAAUGCUGGUGGAAGGCUUAUAAUCGCUUCUGAUGGCAUUUGGGAUGCUGUGUCCUCAGAGAUGGCUGCAAAAUCUUGUCGUGGUUUGCCUGCUGAACUUGCCGCUAGGCAAGUAGUGAAGGAAGCAUUGAGACCAAGGGGAUUGAGAGAUGAUACAACCUGCAUAGUUGUGGAUAUAAUUCCUCCAGACACUGYAAUGCCUCCACCAUCACCGCCACGUAAAAAGYAAAGCAAGCUCAGAKCUUUGUUUUUCAGAUCGAAAUCCAGCAGUUCCGCUAGUAAACUGUCAAAGAAACUAUCUGCUAUUGGUAUUGUUGAGGAACUCUUCGAAGAAGGUUCARCCAUGCUUGCUGAAAGAUUAGGGAAUGACGACAUGACCGGUGGUUCAACGACAUCCGGUCUUUUCAUGUGCGCCGUUUGUCAAGUUGACCUAGCGGCAAGUGAAGGCAUAUCGGUUCAUGCUGGUUCCAUCUUUUCAACAAGCUCAAAGCCAUGGCAAGGCCCUUUCCUUUGUGCUGAUUGUCGCAAUAAGAAAGAUGCCAUGGAAGGUAAACGACCUAGCGGAGUCAAAGUCACUUAACACCCAUGUUCGUUUUUCCAAUCUAACCGUUAGUCGAUCCCCAUUUUACUGAGCUAAAUAAWUCAUUUGAAUCCGAAGGUGGCGUGACACCAUAAUGUAUAUGUGGUAAUAUUGCGAACAAUGUAAUAAUGAGUUGUAGUGUAUGAUGAGAAUGUAGGAUUUAAGAGUGCUUAA